UAAGAAAAAUGUAUUUAUUUAUUUAACUUCAUGAAAAAUUCUACGGUGAAAACAAAAAUCAUAGAAUAUAAAUAUAUUUUUCAGUUUGAUAAACUGUUCGAUCUUAUGUCAGAAGAAUGGGAAAUGAAAAAUGAUAGAAAUCAAGCGUGUAUUCUUGAUGAAUUUACUAAACAGGGAAAUAAAUUUGCCGAAAUAUAUAAAAAUGUUUUAUUGUCAGCUUUGCUACUAUUUUUAUUACUUCCAUUGUUUCCUUCGUUUUUGGAUAUUGUUUUCCCGCUCAAUGAAACACGCCAACAAUUACAAAUAUUUAAAAUGAAAUACUUUGUAAACGAAGAUGAAUACUUUUAUCCUAUUUAUUUCCAUUCAGUUUGGGGUUCAUUUGUAAUUAUAAUGAUUACUGUCACUAUAGAUUCAUUAUAUAUUCUUAUCAUACAUCACGCUUCCGGUUUAUUUGCUAUGUGUGGGUAUCAGAUUGCGAAAGCGACAGAAUGCAAUAAUAUAGAUAUAAAUGAAAAUGAACUGUUUAGACAAUGUGUGAUUACGCAUAACAAGGCCUACAAAUUUUUCGAGAUAAUGAAUAAAAGCAGUCGUAAUAGUUAUUUCCUUCAACUAUUAUUAACUAUAAUCGGCAUAAGCAUAACAGCUGUACAAAUCGUUAUGUAUCUGCAUAAACCUGAAGAAGCUUUCAGAAUUAGUUUAUUUCUUAUAGCUGCACAAUUUCAUUUAUUUAUUAUUACUCUUACUGGGCAGGUGAUUGCGGAUCAAAGUUCAAACUUAGCCAAUAAUAUAUAUUGUACAACAUGGUAUCGAAUGCCUCCAAAUAUUCAAAAAAUAUUUCAUAUGAUACAAAUAAAAUCUAGUAAACCAUGUAAAUUAACUGCAGGAGGAAUAUUGGAAUUGAAUAUCGAGAAUUUUGGAAUAGUACGUAAUAAUGUAUAAAAUACUGAUAUAUAAUUAUUUCAUUACAUAAUAUAAAUAAUCUGUACUCGAUAUUCUUUAAUAUUUUAAGGCAUUGAAAACAUGUAUGUCGUACUUUACGAUUUUCCUAUCUUUACAAGACUGAUUCGUUAUUAAAAUGAUUUUCUCUUGCUGAUUCUGAUUUUUAAUGAAAAGGCAUUGAAUUAAAAAUCAAUUAUUUAUAUGGAUGUGAUAAUGCAUAUUUACUUUAUAUUAUAUUAUAAUAUUAAAUAUAUAUGGGUUAAAAUAUGA